UUUUUUGUUGUACCCAUCCUGAGAGAAGGGGGUUCUGCUUGACAAACACCGACCAGAAAAACAUCCGACGAGGAAUCUUUGCACGCACUAAUUCUACACUUUUAAACUUGACAACUUCAACGGAGGACGCCGCCAACCGCUGCAUUGAAUCUCGCUGUUGUUCUCACAAAGUUUCGGGCUUUGACGUGUUUACGUUGAGGAGUUCGAAAAGUUCGCGUUGAAAACGGAGAGGGCCAGCUGAGUGAUAGUGGGGUGAGGAGGCUGGGUUUGGCAACUUUGGGACUUUGGGAGUCCUGCCCUGCCGCUAGCAGCAACGUUAGCAUGCUUAGCUUUGUCAUCGCCAAUCAAGCCCAAUGAGAGCUUCCAUCUUCACUUCUACAACUUUGUCAAAGGAGAGGUUGAUGGAGACUUUGCAGUGUUUAACAAAAUGGAUUAAACCAUAGCCAACCAAUUUACUUCCAAUAUACAUGCAAUGAUGGUAACGUUGUGCAGUUGUCCUAGUAAAGGCAGAUCUCUUCUAGUUUAAGUUUAAUGCUGCAGGGUUGUACUCCCCCCACUUGUCUGUAGAUUUGACAUAUUAACCCACGACAUUCAAAAUAUGGCAUCAGCCCAGAUUUUCAUGUGCAAUGAUUGGCUGCAGAUAUUUCAAGAAAAGCAGCAACUUGUGACAUGCAGUAACUAAAAGAAGAAAACAUACAGCAUGUUUUCAAUACUGCAGUGAUGUGUCACCUCAGACUUUAGUGGAUGGAAAUUGUGCAUUUUGAGAACAGCCAAUACUGAUGCCAGCUUAUUGGGACGCCAGUUCAAUUCAUGAACCCUCUUAUCUGAGUCAGGCUUGGCCUGGAAAUUUGGAUUCCUUGAAUGUGUUGAAUCAGCUGUUGCGGUGAUGAGGCAGGGCUCCUGGUCGCCUGCGUGGCUGGCUGAGCAGAGGCCCCAAGUUAUGUGAUGGGGUGCAGGAACAGUAAGGUCCUCCCUGAGCCUCCAGGGGAUGUUCAGUUGGACCUGGUAAAAAAGGUGGAUCCGCCCCCUCAAACUGAUGUCUUUAAGCACUUCAUUAGAGGUGAUGGCACUUUGAGCAAAGUGGGUGAGGCUGGUGGAGAAAGAGAGGACAAAGCCGGCUCCGCCUCCCCAUUGCUUACUCAGGCACAAGCUGCCACCCCUGUUGCCUCCACCCAGCAACCUAAAAACCCAUCUGAAGUGUCAGACCCUCAAAGGAAAAAAGUGGCAAAAUAUCGAGCCAAAUUUGACCCAAGGGUCACCGCCAAGUAUGACAUCAAAGCUCUGAUAGGUCGAGGGAGUUUUAGCCGCGUGGUCCGCGUUGAACACAAGAGCACUCGGCAGCCAUACGCCAUAAAGAUGAUCGAGACACGGUACAGAGAGGGUCGGGAGGUCUGUGAGUCAGAGCUGUGCGUUCUUCGACGGGUUCGCCACACCAAUAUAAUCCAGCUGAUGGAGGUCUUUGAGACUGCUGAGCGUGUAUACAUGGUGAUGGAGCUGGCUACUGGAGGAGAGCUCUUUGACCGCAUCAUUGCUCGCGGCUCCUUCACGGAGCGAGACGCCACUCGCGUGCUGCAGAUGGUGUUGGACGGCGUCAAGUAUCUUCACACUUUAGGGAUCACGCACCGUGAUCUGAAGCCUGAGAACCUGCUGUACUACCACCCGGGAGCAGACUCCAAGAUCAUCAUCACCGACUUUGGUUUGGCCAGCAGCAGGAAGAAGGGAGACGAAUGUCUGAUGAAGACCACAUGCGGCACGCCUGAGUACAUUGCCCCAGAGAUUCUAGUGAGAAAACCAUACACAAAUGCCGUGGACAUGUGGGCAUUGGGGGUGAUCUCAUACAUCCUGCUGAGCGGAACCAUGCCAUUUGAGGAUGACAACCGCAUGAGGCUCUACCGGCAGAUCCUCAAGGGGAAGUACAGCUUUUCUGGAGAGCCAUGGCCGAGCGUUUCCAAUCUUGCCAAAGACUUUGUGGAGCGAAUUCUAACAGUAGAUCCCAGUGAGCGGCUGACUGCCGGCCAGGCUCUCAAGCACCCAUGGAUCAUCAGCAUGGCCGCUGCUUCUUCCAUGAAGAACCUACAACGCUGUAUAUCUCAGAACCUGCUGAAGCGGGCGUCAUCUCGCUGCCACAGCACCAAGUCGGCUCAGUCCACACGCUCUAGUCGCUCGACCAAAUCCAACAAAGCUCGACGCGUUCGAGAAAAGGAGCUGCGCGAGUUGAACCGACGUUAUCAGCAGCAGUACAACGGCUGAAACAGAACUCGGUAUAACAUCAAUGAGCUUCCUGACCCACAAAACUAAACUCAGAAAGCAACCUGAUGUGUCAAAGUCAUGAGAACCAACAACGCAUGGACACUUUGUUUCCAGUGAGAAUAAAUCAAAAAUAAUUCCUGAACUUUUAAGGACAAACUUGCAUACCCUUUUUGUUCUCUAAUGAAAACAAACACUAAAAGCCUGAUUUACUAAACGUUUGCAUGUACUAAAACACUUGCCAACCUGAUAUCACACGCAAAACAGAUUAACUAAACGUGUGCAAAGUGGAUUGCGUCUGUUAAGUGAGCAGAAUAAGGCGUGCAAUCCAUUUUACAUUUGCUUAUUAUUAUUAUGCAAAAUAUAUGCUGUUCAUCCAAACGCCCACAAUGUGGGAGGAGAUGAUGCAAAUAUAUUAUACAGUGCACACCAUUGUGCGAACACUAUGUAGAGUUUUAUUUAGAACGUCUGAAAAUAUGUGCUAGCGCUGCAAAGACGAAUGACUGACAGAAUGCUCCGUUAUACAGUACGUGUGUUUCAACAUAUUGGCAUGGUUCAUCCGAAAUCAAAUAUCUUAGCAUAUUGUCUAUUCAGCAACAUCCUUUUAUAUUUUCAUAGCUGAAUGCUGGGGUACCUAUGCGGCUAAUUAAAACAAAUUCAGUUGAUGCGUUUUGGUGUCUGCUGGCGUUUUUUUCGAAUGCCAUUUGAUUUUUCAUUUAUAAUACACAUUAAUAUAUUUCCUGUAUGGAAAAACUUCUUGAAGUAUGCAGCCUCUCUCUCGUGAGCGUACUUUCAGCGCUGAAAAAAAAUGGCUUCUGUUGUAAAUACACUUUGGACUGUGUCUAAAAUGCCAAUCAAACGUGGUAGUUGCCUCCUGCAUGUUUGAAAACAGCCUACACCACAGGUUGGAGCAUGAUAAAAUUAAUGUAUAGUAAAUGAUCGCGAGGCUCCGUGGUGAUGCCCUGUAAAUAUAGUACAUGCAAACUACUCAUUUAAAUAAGGCAGUCUACACCAAUUUUGGACUGUACACAGUGUUAGAUCACACACAACACGCCGACUAAUAGUACACACAAUUUUAUAGAUUUCACUCACUGUUUUAGCGUGUGAUAUCAAGAUCUUAGUAAAUCAGGUCCUUAGUGUUUUACCACAAGAUCAUCUCUCCAUUGAUGCAUCCUUCUCUCUCACAGGGAGGAGUACUCCCAAGUCCCUGUUUUGACAUGUAUUUAUUUAUUAAUGUGGACAGUCUUCAUUCAGUUGGUCACUGGAUAAUGACCAUCAACGAGGAUCUGUUGAACAGAGUUCUGGAUACUGAAGUUACUUAAGAGCAGGGCAAUCCCUCUCAAACUCUGUUGAUUGAUGACAAUUGCUGUGAAUUAUUGUACUAAGCGUCUUAAGAGUGUAGCUGAUGCAGCAACCUCCAACGGUAAAAAAUUAAGUCAUGUUUUGUCUUAAGUCAAAGCUUGCAUCGUCUUGCCAUAUAGUGUUUUUCAAGCUUUGGUGGGUCAGUUCAGUUGACAUACGACACACAGCUCUGCUCCUAGUGCAUUUUAUUGUAAAUUAGAUUUCAAUAUUGCUGCUAUGAGCACUGUGAUUUAUUUGGCUUCUUGGGUUAUGUGUCCGUUUAAGCACCUGCUGUUCAGACCAUCUUGUUUUAAAAGCAAGACAAAGCUUGUAAUUAAAUCCUGAUUAGUUGUAGCGAAACAAAGCCCGGUGGAAAUCAACUACAUACGGCUGGACUGACUUUAUAUACUAUUUCUGUUUAAUGUAAAUGUGAAGUAAUUCAUUGCUGCCCAGGAAUUAACAAGGGUUUUAAACUUGAUAUGCCGGUUUUUAACUUUUAGUAAAGUUCAAAUAUAAAUACAUCUCACAAGGUCAUAAUGGACCUGUUAGGAAGAAUGAACACAUCACACUUCCUGAAGGAUCUAUCCAUAGCAAGUGCAAUAUAAUCUACAAGUCCAGUCAGUUUCUGAUUCAGAAGAAGUUUUGAGCUGGAUACUACAUUUCCAGCACCAUGGUGGCACAUCUGCGUCAGAGAUUGGUUGUUCUGUGCAUUAAUCGGCUCAGAGUGCUUUUACUCUGGACACUGGUUGAUUAAAUUGCCCAUAAGUAUUAA